AUGGAGAUGCAUUUUCAGCGCCAGGAUCCCCUUGCGGGGCCCGAGAUCGACAAAGCCCACGAGCUGGCCAAUACCCUCACACUCAACCGGUUGAAGUCGAAACUCAAGAGCGAUCCAACAGCAGACUUAGCGCUGACCCUGAAGCAGCAGGCGAACUCGUAUUCACAGCUUCGAGGGACGCUUGAACACGCUGCGCAGAAGAAGGUUGCAGCGAAAGGCCAACAGCCCCGAGCAGCGCAGCAAACUGAGCAGAGGCAGCCGGAAGGAAGCACAACUGGCGAGUUGGCCGCCGGCAUUAACAAGGCGAUCAAAAACGGUCAAGUACUCUGGGCAUUGCACGGCACCGUUGUCAUCGGCCUCGGAGAGUCGGUGGUUAUAAAGAUCGGUUCUUCGCUUGAUCCCGACGAGGUGGAGAAUCUGAGAUACAUCAACACCCACGCCCCAGGAGUCCCUGCACCGUCGUAUCUGGGCUGCCUGACAGCGAGGCAAAAGACUUACGUCUUUGUGUCCCGGGCUGAUGGCGUCACGCUCGAGUCUCUGUGGCCAGGCCUCUCUACGGAGCACAAGAUCUCGAUAAGAAACCAGCUCAACGACAUAUUCCGUGCACUCCGCGAUAGACCGUACGCGCAAGAUCCGCAUCAGGGCGACAAGCCAAGAUUUGGCGGGUUCACAUCCGCGAUCUGCAAGGACAUGAGAAGACAGCAACGCCUGAGUGAGCGCGCGAUUGAGACUGAAGCGCAAUUCAACGAUUUCCUGUGUCACCAACCUGGGAGAUCUGCCACUGCCUGGAUAGCCAUGAUCCGGUCUGCGAUGAGAGACGACCACCGGCUCGUGAUGACACAUGGCGAUCUACAUCCAAGAAACAUCAUGGUCAAGUGGGAAGCCGACGGAAGGGGCAGCGCGCCUGACCAAACUGAGAGCAAGAUCCGAGUCACCGCGCUCUUGGAUUGGGAACUGAGCGGCUGGUAUCCGGAGCAUUGGGAGUUUGUCAAAGCUCUCUCUACAAUCAACGCGCAUGGGAAACUGUUCGACUGGCUUGAAUACCUUCCAACAGACGCCAUUGGGUCAUGGCCAGUUGAAUAUUCCAUUGAUACACUCCUUGACCGGUGGCUAGGAUGA